CAUGGUAAAAUUUCCGUCUUUGCUGUCAAAAUGGCCUUGGCAACUCUUUGUGGAGGAAAAAUCAUGGACAAAUUAAGAUAUAUUUUCUCAAUGAUUUCCGACUCCAGUGGAGUGAUGGUUUAUGGCAGAUACGACAUGUUUCUGCGGGAGGUUCUCAAGCUGCCCACAGCUGUUUUUGAAGGGCCUUCAUUUGGUUAUACCGAGCAGUCAGCAAAAUCCUGUUUCUCACAACAGAAAAAAGUCACAUUAAACACUUUCUUGGAUACUCUCAUGUCUGAUCCACCACCACAGUGUCUAGUGUGGUUACCACUUCUGCAUCGACUGGCAAAUGUUGAAAAUGUCUUCCACCCCGUCGAGUGUUCCUACUGCCACAGCGAGAGCAUGAUGGGGUUUCGCUACCGCUGCCAGCAGUGUCACAAUUACCAGCUCUGUCAGGACUGCUUCUGGAGGGGCCAUGCCAGCGGUUCCCACAGCAACCAGCACCAAAUGAAAGAGUACACGUCAUGGAAAUCACCUGCUAAGAAGCUAACUAAUGCACUUAGCAAGUCUUUAAGCUGUGCUUCCAGCCGUGAACCUUUGCACCCAAUGUUCCCUGACCAGCCUGAAAAACCUCUAAACCUGGCUCAUAUUGUGCCCCCUCGACCUGUAACCAGCAUGAACGACACACUCUUCUCCCACUCUGUUCCCUCAGGAAGCCCUUUUGCAAACAGAAGGUUACUUGGGGGUAUAAAUGCAGCCAGUCCUGUGGCUGAUGAGCAUUCUCUUAUAAAGCUGUAUGUAAAUCAGCUUCACAACAAUUCACGCUCUCCUUCCAAGAAUACUGAAGUAGAGCAGAGCAAACUGCUGGCUAGGGCUGCUCCAGCUUUCUUGAAAGGCAAAGGGUUACAGUACAGCCUCGAUGUUGCAGACAGGCUGGCCGAUGAACAUGUACUCAUCGGGUUGUAUGUCAACAUGCUGCAGAGCAACCCCGCACGCGUGCUCGACAGCACAAGUCGCCUGGAUGAAGAGCACAAGCUGAUCGCCAGGUACGCAGCAAGGCUGGCAGCAGAAACUUCUUCAUCACAGCAGAGUCAGCAGAGAGGGACAUCAGAUAUCUCCUUCACCAUUGAUGCAAACAAGCAACAAAGGCAGCUGAUUGCAGAGCUUGAAAAUAAAAACCGAGAAAUCCUACAGGAGAUCCAGAGGCUGCGACUUGAACACGAGCAAGCGUCUCAGCCCACACCAGAGAAGGCACAACAAAAUCCCACUCUCCUAGCAGAGCUACGGCUCUUGAGACAGCGGAAGGAUGAGCUGGAACAGAGAAUGUCUGCUCUCCAGGAAAGCCGGAGGGAGCUUAUGGUUCAAUUAGAAGGCCUCAUGAAACUGCUGAAGACCCAGGGGGCAGGCUCCCCACGUUCCUCACCCAGCCACACUAUCAGCCGGCCGAUUCCAAUGCCCGUCAGGUCUGCCUCUGCCUGCUCCACCCCAACCCACGCACCUCAGGACUCUCUGACUGGGGUGGGAGGAGAUGUGCAGGAAGCCUUUGCGCAAAGUGCAAGACGAAACCUAAGAAAUGAUUUGCUGGUGGCAGCAGAUUCAAUCACCAACACCAUGUCUUCUUUGGUAAAAGAACUAAAUUCUGAAGUGGGCAGUGAGACAGAAAGCAACGUGGAUUCUGAAUUUGGACGGACUCAUUUUGAUGACCUUGUUCCAUCUCCAACAUCUGAGAAGGCUUUUCUCGCACAGAUCCAUGCCCGCAAGCCAGGGUACAUCCACAGCGCCGCUGCCACCGGCUCCAUCCGCAGUGACAUGGUUACAGAAGAUGGAGACCCCUAUGUCAGAGCAGAUGAUGAAAAUUAUGAAAAUGACUCUGUCCGCCAGCUGGAGAACGAACUGAAAAUGGAAGAGUACCUGAAGCAGAAGCUGCAGGAUGAGGCAUACCAGGCAAGCUGCAGUCAGACAGACAACGAAAGCUACGUAAGAACUGACGAUGAGGAGAGCUGCUUUCGGACAGACGAUGAAGAAAACUCGGCUGCAGAUUUCACAGAAGAGUGGAACCAAGAGGUGCAGCGUCUCUUGACAAAAAAAUCACAUAACUAAGUUCUGAGGACUGUAGCACAGUACUUUUGUUCCAAGAGUUGUAGUUUGUAGAUGUGUGUUUUUGACAAAAAGACUUCUGUUUAAAGCUAACUUAUAUUAGCUACAUCUUCUGUAACAUGGCUCAUUACCGGUGAAGAAAACUGACUGACAUAUGUACUGCUGUUACAAAGGAUGGCGGUAUUAAUAACUCACGUAAAACCCUUUGCACAUGAUAUUGAACCUGUUCAGUUUACAAUGACGAUACUGUUUAUAGAUAGAAAUUUGAUUUCUGAAUACUUUGAAAUUUUAGUAGAUUGGUUUACUAUACACUGUACAUUUUUUUUCCACAGAAGAAACAAAAAGCUGCAUUUAUGCAUUUAACACUAAA